CAGUACAGCUGCAAUAAGUGUUGCUCAGUUCAGUAUCUUUUCCUGUCAUUAUGAUCUCGUUUGCUAGGAAACCAGCAUUCAUUGUGUGAUGUCACACCUGCACCAGAUAAGCAUUGUGAUGUUCUAGAACUCCUUCUUGAAGCUCCUGCCAGCUAGCAUCAUUUUUAAUAGACCUGCCGGCACCUUAUCGGCAUGGUUUGACAAACAGCAUAAAUGGCUACAGCUGAAAGUUACCUGGGUGAUAAGAGGGAAUUGGAUACAGAUCUUCCCACUGUGCAAACUCAGUCUAUUUCAGCUGAAGAUGAAAUGGUUCCUCCUGCAAUGUCAAUUUCCUCCACUCCGUUGCAUGAUAAAACCGCAGCCGGCGACUUUGCUUUGAGGUCUAUGAUAGAAGAAAAUGCCUUUCAAGCUCUGAGCGAUGGGCCCUGGGCGAAACGGCCACGCCUUGCACUCUGUGAAGAAGGCGCUCUCGAAGACAAUGAUUUUCUAUCCCUCACCUUCCCCAAGAAACUCUGGAAGAUCGUCGAAAGCGAUCAGUUUAAGUCUCUGUGGUGGGACGAUGACGGGAACUGCGUGGUGAUCGACGAAGAGCUUUUCAAGAAGGAGGUGCUGGAAAGGAAAGGGCCUUUGCGCAUCUUUGAAACUGACUGCAUGAAGAGCUUCAUUCGUCAGCUGAACCUCUACGGCUUUAGCAAGAUGAGGCAGAAUUUCCAAAGAUCGGCCUCCCUCGUUGAAUUUUUAGCGGAAGAAAAAGCCGCUUACGCGUUUAGCAAGCUACAAUUCUACCAUAACCCAAAUUUUAAGAGAGGAUGUCCUCACCUUCUCACGAGGUGCAAGCGAAGAGUUGGGAUCAAAAACACACCACCUGUUGCUUUCUCAUUAGAGGAAGAUUUCAGUGAAAUCUGCUUGAAGAGCAGGUCAAGAAGCCCAGAAGGUCCAACUUCUCUGGGACCUUCUUCCAGGGACAACAGUUUCCUUACAACGUCCCCCAAGGACAAAAUGCAUAAAUCUGGUCUCCGGAAGCCUACAGUGACAAAAUGCCUUGCUGGAACAGUAGGUCGGCUUAGGAGUGGAUUUGCUGCUUCUCCAACCCCUUUAAGGGCCUCCGAUCAGGGGCCACCUGAGGACACUGAUAACAAGAUAAACCAGCUGGCACCUUUCCAUCUGCCCCAGCAUACCAACCACGCUCGAGUCAACACACACGAGAUCGAUUCCACCACCACCACAUCCGCCACCUCUUUGUAUCACGUCAUACCUCCUGUACCCAACAGUCCCUUUGCACCAAUGAUGGGGCUGCCCACUUUCCCAACCAUGUAUCCAGACUUAUCAGCCAUGCAAGCUCAUUGGGCCAGCAUUCUCCCAUUUUGCAAUCCGUGGUUCUCCAUGCCAAUGAUAGCUGCCGCUUCGGCCAUUUCUAUGUCGAGAUCUUCCCAUCACCACCGAACUCCUUCAUACCACCACUGUCCUAACUGCAACUGUACUUCCACUGCUCAGUCUGCUUCCAAAGGAGCGGGACCCAAAACCACAGAAUACGCUGGGUACCAUCGAUAAAGCACAAGAGACUGCUGGAGACAUUUGAGCCUUUUUAAAAGAAGGGAAUUAACCAUGGCAUGGACUGAAGAAUAAACUUCGUUCUUCCUGUCUGGUUUACCUAGGUUAACUUCUUUGUAUUUCUUUCAUCGUGGAUGACACAGGAGGAAUGUGUUUUCCUCAACGGUUUCCUUGUUAACUGUGUAGAUUAAGGAGAAAUAGCUAGGGAAGUCGUUGCGCUGAUUUGAAUUAAUACCUUUCCACUCCUGUUCCAGAUUCUAAAAGAAAAUCUGUAGUCUUAAAAAAAAGAGUCAUUUCAGAGUCCUUGGCCUCUGCAGGGAAUAUUGUGAAGUUGGUGGAUUGUGGCUAGGAACAUUUGACUGGAGAGUCCGUGUAAAUAGCACACUAGAGGCCAUCUGAGUGAAAAUCUGCAGCCAAGAUCCCUGAGAAUGGAACCGGUUAAAAAUCUAGAGAUUUGGGAGUGGCACCGGAGCUUGGAAAGAAGAGCCAAGCGUUGUCGCAAAGAUUUAAUUUGGGUACAGUACAUGAAAUGGUGCUAUAUUGGGUGGGUCACAAUUACCUGUUUUGUGGGCAUUACUAUUUGUUGGGGAAGGUGACUUGCAGGUUUUCAAGGUGGGUAU